AUGGAUUUCCAGAUCUUUCAAUGGGACUGGAUAUGGGCGAUCGCAAAGUCCCUCAACUGCGAGAGCAUCAUCCUUGCAGGCCAUGACUGUGGCUUCAUGCUAUCUUCUCGCAUCGUGCUCUAUUACCCUGACUUCGUCACUCAUCUUAUCCUACUCGGUGUUCCAUAUUUUCCACCUUCGCAACAACAUAUCAGCCUGCCCACUCUCGUGAAGUUACAGCCAUCUUUCCAAUACAUGCUUCAAUUCUGCAGCGGAGAUGGCGAGAUUGAAAAACAUACGCAGACCAGAGAACGUAUCUGGAAUUUCCUGAACCCCUUAUUUGGUGGCCUCACUCAGUAUGGGAAGAAGGCAAUCACUGCGGCAAAAGGGAUUGAUUUCGAGCUUAGCUCACAGCUAUCUCUCAGUAAGAUAUUUGAAGAGGAAGAGAUGAUGGAGUACUAUAUAGAUGAGUUCUCUCGCACUGGGCUCCGAUGUAACCUUUAUCGCAUGUGGGAUCAAAACUCUCGCGAUGAGCUGUUCAUUGCUCAAGGGUUGGAAGGAGGAAUCAUAAAGUGUCCCGUUUUAUCUGUUCGCCCGACAGAGGAUUUUACAAUCACUGCACAGGUGGUGGAAGCGAUGAAAUCCUAUGUUCCCCACCUCCAAACCGAGGAUAUCCCGUCAGGUCAUUGGGUCAUGCUAAGCCAUUCACAAAGGCUGAACGAGAUUUUGGAGUGGCUACGACAACAGGAGAUUACUGUUUGA